UACAAAAUAUCUAGCCUACUUCAAACGAAGUUCUGCUGAGGUCAAAAUGUGGAAAACAAGACACUAGAUCAAUAAGAUACUUUGCAAUCAUCCUGGGAUGUGUCUGUGAAUGAUCACAAGAUUAAGCUGGAUUAAUUCAGAAUAUGGCUGAUGCUGCACACGGAAAGAAGGGAACAGUUGUGUUGUUCAAGGCAGCCAAGGAUGGAACUGACCAAUAUGUUCAGGAAUUGGAAGCAAUUGGGUUGAAUGCAGUUUGUAUACCAGUGCUUAGGUUUACUAUGAGGAAUCUUGAAAUACUAGAGAGGGCAUUGAAGUGCCCUGAACUGUACUCUGGCAUGAUUCUUACCAGUCAGAGGGCUGUUGAAUCAAUACAGGUGCUAAUACAGGCCAAUGUUGAAGAUUGGAAUUCAACAUAUAGAGAAAGAUGGCGUAGUCUACCAGUUUUUGUAGUCGGGGGCGCCACAUGUGAUGCAGCUGAGAAGUUGGGUUUCUCGACACAAGGCAGGGACAGUGGGAACUCAGAGGCCUUGUUGACUAUCAUCAUGACAGGACUGAAAGACAAAUCUAAGCCGCUGUUGUUCCCAUGUGGCAACUUGCGGAAGGAGACCAUUCCAAAAAGUCUGACAGAAGCAGGGAUUCCAUUUAAAGAUGUGUGUGUCUAUGAAACUACAGCUGACCCUAAUAUUGAGUCAAGAUUGUCUGCAUUACUACAAGAACAGGAUAUACCUGACUUUAUGGUCUUCUACAGUCCCAGUGGAGUCACAUACACACAUGACAUUUUCAAUAAGCUCAACUUCCCAAUUGCCAAAACAAAG